UAGAUUGGUUUAAUUAAUCCGUUUCCACAGAAGCAUGACAAAAACAAUAUCGCACUUCGUGAAUAUCAAAUCUGUAAUGUAAAAACUUGAAAAUGUAUUAAUUUUUACUGUAUAACAAUGGGCGCUGGGCAAAUUGGUGGGAUCGCGACUCUAUUGGAUAUAGAUUUUAAUAAUGCUGCCGGUUUUAUUGGUACCAAAGCAGAAGUUACAGAAGGCCAAUUUAUGGUUUAUUACUUGUCACACGCAAUGAUGUUCUGUGUGGGAGCUUUAAUAGAGUCUCACGUGGUUCUUACUCCUGCGAGCUGUGUGUUCGGCGAGAGAUACAAGUUCGACGUAUACGCAGGGUCGCAUAAGUUUUUGGAAAACGCCGGUAUUACACGGCAAGUGCACCAUUUUUGUAUCCAUAGAGGCUACAACCAUACAAGUAGAUGGGAAGAAUGCACGACGGAUAAUCUAGCACUUCUUGUGUUGAAUCAACAGUUUUCGGUAUACAAACGGGAACCUGGAGCUGACUAUGUAAUAAAUCGGGUGCGAUAUGGCAUCACAGAGCCAAAGGAAGAUAGCCGUAUUGGAGACCCUACUUGCCGUUUAUAUGGGUGGGGCAGCAGGAGAAAUGGAUAUUUGAUUCCAUUAUUAAUUGAACUACGUCGCAUGGAAGUGACGCUUCUGCCUACGGAAAAAUGUAAACAGAUGUGGAACUAUAACAAUAAAUAUCUCUGUCUUCGACAAUUUAUGUGCAAGUCAGAUAGAUUUGGAGCAUUGUGUCCUGAUGAUCUGGGUUCUGUAAUUGUGUGCUCAGGUUUUGUACAUGGCAUGAUGACAUCCCGUCUGGUGGACAGACCUUGUGGAGUUGGCUUCUUAGAUUUGGCCAAGUUCAAUAAGUUUUUGACAUGUGGAGUUGAUGAUUCGCGAGAUGUCGUCGAUCAUGAUGCGUUCAUGGCGUUCGAUUUCACGUCGCCCAAAGCGCCAGUAACACCUACAGUCAUCACACCUCCUUCUCAUCACAACCACACUGAUAGUAAAUAAAUAUUAAACAACAA